CCGUACUCGAGCGUAGCGAGAGAGCAAUGUAACAUAAAUAAAUAAAUAAACAAAGACGAAAAAAGCGCGAGCGAACUAUAUUCAGUUAACUACUAUGAUCUUAUAGUGUAUAGUCACUUUGGGUCUCACCAAAGUGAUUUCACUGGAUCUUACUACUGACAGACUUCCUCAUUUGUUAGCAUAUAGCGAUUGCUCUCUUUACCCAACUGUCUGCAUUCGAUUCUUGAAAAUGACGGAUGAAUUUAUUUGUGAAGAUGGAAACACAAUGAUUGCCGACGACAUUAAAGAUGUUGCAAAAAGGCUACAGGCAUCAUUAGUCGAAGGAUGUGGUUUUUGUAAUAAGUUCAAAAUGGAUUCUCCAGAUUCUGCUAAAAAGCAGCAACAUAUCUAUGCAUUUCAUUGUAAAUUCUCUGUUGCUCAUGCAUUGAAAGAUGGCAGAAAAGUCUUUUGUCUUCCGUGUCGAAAAUCUUGUAUUCAGAGAGGUAUAACAUCAGCAUCAAGAAGUCAUUAUCACUGUCCAUUUUGUAAAAAAGUUUAUGGCCGUAGAGCAACUAUGGAAUUACAUUUCAUGAAAUCAUGCAGUGUUAGCGUUAAACCUGGCCAUUCUCGUCAUCCAAAUUCAAGAAAGAAAGGCUUGGAUCCAAAGAAAGUCCCUUUUUCAGGAGAAAAACCUGAAAUGUUGCGUCAACACAAUGAGUUGUUGAAAAUUACGGAGAGAAAAUUAUAUGAAUGGAUUAAACAUAGAAAAUCAGAAAAUCAGGCAGUCAGUAUCACAAGCAUACGAGGAAAAGCUCGAGCUAUUUUUGAAAGCACAAAACUCAGUCUCAAUAAAAAUCACAAGAAGACAUUUCAAGCAUCAAAAUUGUGGACAGAAAAAUUCCUGAUUCGAUAUAAUUUAUCUGUCAAAGAACGGAAACUUUCGGGCAUUGGGCCCAAAAGUAGCUCAUCCAGAGAUGCAUUGAAUUCAUCAGUAAAAUCGUUAAAUGAUGCAAAAAGAGACAUUACAAUGCUUCUUAUUGAUCGAGUAAAAGGCCGACCAUUUUUAUAUGAUCCUUUGCAAAAUGUAAUGCAAGAUGAUGAUAUGAUUUCUAAUUCGUGGCAAUCUGUAGCAGAGGAGGUUGGACUGGAGUCUGGUCAUGCUGCAGAAGCGAUGUGGAAAAAGCUAGAGCAAAAAUAUUAUAAAAAUGAAUUGUAUACUGGUGAAUGGGGAUACGAACAUCACUUGAGCUUUCUCCCUCUUCAGUUACGUUCCUCCAGUGACAACAACAAUUACAGCACAAUGAUGAUUCAGAAUGCUUUGAGCUCUUCACCACCAAUGCCAACUGAAGAUGUUGAUAUGCCGUCAGGAAGUCAAAAGCCAAUCAUAGUGACCAUAGAGGAAACAGGAGAUGAAAAAAUUGGACCGAUUGCUAAUGCUGACUUUGAAAGAGUGUCUCGUUCGGAUCACGCUUACGCAUCUGAUGACCGAAAUUUAUACUUGGCAGACUUGACGAAAAUACGCAUGAAAAUGGAAUUCAUGGAAAAGGAACACAAAGCAAAAAUGGAAGUUCUAAAUUUGAAGAAGGUUAUAUUAUUGAAGAAACUGAAUAAUAUGAAGUAAAUAGCAGGGUAUCUUCAUAGAUCUGUGCCAAGUAUGUAGUUGAGUAGUACUGGUACACAGAAGAAUCAAAUUUACUUUAUAAGAUUUGAUGAAGACAGCUAAGAGAUUUUGAAAAGAUUUUGAGAAAUUGUUUUUCCAGCUUCAAAAAUGUUCACAUUUUUAUCAAGUCCAAUGCAUCUGAAACAGAUAAAUGGUCAACUAUCAAUAAAUGUGAAUGUUAAAGGAUGAGACGCCAUGAUGAUUAAGCCAUCAUAUCUGGUUUCAUCUCUCCGAAUGAAGAUGAAAAUCCUAUUCACCAUAUUUGAAUCAUUUUUAUUGUUUUUAACCAGUAGUUUUUAAUGCCAGUGGAUCCUCCCAAAUUGUGGGCGCUUACAUUUUCUGUUAAUCCAACCAAGGACAGGGCUAUUUGUAUACAGGUUAAAGGAGUAAUAAAGUUUGGUGUUUAUGUAUUCACUUAUGUUUUAUGUGACUCCAUGUAGUAAAAUUUUACUUUAAAAUCACUACUAUUGAAAGAACUCAAAACACAAAAAUUUGGCAAAAGUACCACGAUGUUUACCAUCAUGUACUGGUACUUGAAUAAUACAUGAAAUUCUAUGCUUAUCAGGAUUUGUGAUUACACGUUGAAAUCUUUUUAUCUCCAACAUGUAAUCCUUUGAAUUAACCAUUAAUAAUAAUGCUAUUUUCAGUGCAAGUGGUGCAACACAUUUCAUGAAAAUAUCUCUGUACAAAUGAUUCAGGAUCGUAUAUAUUUGAUGUGUUUUGAGACCUUCUUGUAUUUUCCUCGACAUCUUUCUUUCUAAUACAAGAUUUCACACUCGUUGUAA